AUGAGUGUUAAUAUGCUCAACACCGUUGAAUUAACAAGCCAGGAAGCAGCGUGGUACCUUCUUCGUGAACCUAUGUCUAGAAGUUCAGUCUCCAUAGUUUAUAUUCCCACCGUUUGGCCUAUUGAACGACAGCGUAUUAGACGAACACAAAAAGAAUUAGAUGAAUUAAAUAUCGAUGAAGAUUCAACAAGUAUUUGGAAGGAAAACUGGUUUGAUAAAUACGAGAAGCGGCCACAAGAAAUGGAAGAAUUAUCACUUGCACAAUUCGUUGCUAAUUUUACUAAAAAUUCGCAAGGUGAUUAUAUUCGUCGAAAGCAACAACGCAUCAUUCGUUAUAGGAAUUAUGACAUAGCCUCAGAUAUAAAUGAGUAUAAAAGAGAAAUGGUGACUUUGCAUAUCCCAUUUCGGAAUGAAGAAUUCGAGAUUCUUGAAGAGAUGAAAUUUAUUAGGAUUUACGACGAAAAUGAAAAUCAAAUUCUGGAGCGACGUAAAGAGUUUGAAUCUGACUUAGACAUUAAUAAAACUAUAGAGCUAUGCCGAAAACUAUGUCGCGAAAAUGAAGAAGCAGACGAUGACGAUGAGAUUCAUGAUAUUGCCACUAGAUUUCCAGAAAUUAAUCCAUUCCAAACGCUAUAUGACAAUCCGAAUUCGGAUGUAAACAGUGAUUUACGUCUCGCAACCCUAAAUAAACUUGGUGCCAUUGCAAAACGGAAAGAAAAUUUAAUGCCUAACGACCAAUAUUAUGAGCUGAUGAAAAUGGCAAACCAAAAACAAAAGGAACUUUUGAUGCACAUCAUUUACAAUCUUCAGUUGGAAGAUCCUCCUCCGCUGCAAAUAUUUUUUACAGGACCAGCUGGAUGUGGUAAAACAUUUGUUAUUAAAUUAUUAAUGGAAAUUUAUAAUCGAUAUUCUGAAAGUGAUGGGUUUUGUAAUGCUUAUAUCGCUUGUGCUUCUACUGGUAAAGCUGCUGUGGCUAUCAAUGGGACAACAGUACACACUGCACUGAAGAUAAGUCUUUCAAAGUUGCUUCCUUUAUCAAUUGAAGUAGCCCAACAAUAUAGAUCACUUUUUAAAUAUGUUCGUGUAUUGAUUAUCGAUGAAAUUAGUAUGAUUGGAGCCGAGUUGUUGUCCCAAAUAGAUUCAAGGUUAAAGCAAAUCACCGGUAAUUUUGAAGUCCAUUUUGGUGGAUUAGAUAUAAUUUUGAUUGGUGAUCUACGUCAACUACCGCCAGUUCGUGCUACCCCAAUUUACAAACAAAUAAAACGACAAAUAGCAGGUUCAACACUAUGGCGAGGGUUGAAAUUUUUCGAACUAAACGAAGUUAUGCGACAAGCUAAUCAAAGUUUUGCAACAAUAUUAACAAAAAUUGGUAAUGGACAGUUGUUAGAUCAGGAAGAGCUAGAUUUAAUUGAGUCACGGAUUUACUCUGAAGAAGAAGCUGAGAGACUUUGUCCAGACGGUAUACGAUUGUUUUUUAAUAAUCAUUCAGUUGCUGUACAACAAUAA